AUGAAGUUGAAGGAGGACAUAAACCCCCUGCUGCUUCAUGUCUUCCGCUCUGCGGUCUGGGUCUACUCUGUCAUCACCUUCAUACCCUGGUACUUCUUCUCCGGAGCGGGCAGCAACUUGAAACGGGCUCGCAGGAUCAAGGCACGCUCAGUUAGUGGCCCAGCAGGGCCUUAUAGGGCCAUCAACAGCGAAGAGAAGCUGGUGGCAUGGCAGCACCCCGGGGUGGACACCCUGGACAAAAUGUUUGAAUAUGCUGCAGAGAGGUUUCCACAGAGAGACUGUCUGGGCACCAGGGAGGUCCUCAGUGAGGAAGAUGAGCUCCAGCCUAACGGCAAGGUCUUCAAGAAGGUAAUUCUAGGAAACUAUAACUGGCUGACGUACGAAGACGCCUACCGGGCAGCAAAGUGUUUCGGCAGCGGUCUGGCAGCUCUCGGCCAGAAGCCUCAGUGUAACAUCGCCAUUUUCUGUGAGACCAGAGCGGAGUGGAUCGUGGCAGCGCAGGCCUGCUUCAUGUACAAUUUCCCACUUGUGACCCUGUAUGCCACUCUCGGACCCAUGGCCAUCUCCCACGGCCUGAACGAGACCGAGGUCACGCACAUCAUCACAAGCAAAGACCUGCUUCAGAGCCGUCUGAAGGCCAUACUGUGUGAUGUGCCGAGGCUGCAGUAUGUCAUUGUAGUGGACAGUAAACCUACAAGUUGGCCAAACAUCCCCAGAGGUAUCACGAUCUACAGCAUGGAUGCUGUGAUGGAGAUGGGAUCCAAGCCUGAAAAUAUAGCAGUGGACCGCAGGCAGCCAGAGCCCUCGGACAUCGCCGUCAUCAUGUACACCAGUGGCUCCACAGGCAUCCCCAAGGGUGUCAUGAUCUCCCAUGGCAACAUCAUUGCUGGAAUCACUGGCAUGGCUGAGCGGAUUCCUAACCUCAAUGAAGCAGACACCUACAUUGGCUACCUGCCGCUGGCGCAUGUUUUAGAGCUCAGCGCCGAACUGGUGUGCAUCUCCCAUGGCUGUCGCAUUGGCUACUCCUCCCCUCAGACUCUCGCCGACCAGUCCACCAAGAUAAAGAAGGGCAGUAAAGGGGAUACCAGCGUGCUGAAACCUACUCUCAUGGCUGCUGUACCAGAGAUCAUGGAUCGAAUCUACAAGAAUGUGAUGACCAAAGUGGAGGAGAUGAGCAAAUUCCAGAAGAUGCUCUUUGUGCUGGCUUACAACUACAAGAUGGAGCAGAUCUCCAGGGGCUACAGCACACCUCUCUGUGACAGUCUGGUGUUCAAACAGGUGCGUGCGCUCUUGGGAGGGAACAUGCGGGUGCUGCUUUCUGGCGGAGCUCCGCUCUCGGCAGCCACACAGCACUUCAUGAACAUCUGCAUGUGCUGCCCUGUGGGGCAGGGCUACGGCCUGACGGAGACCUGUGGAGCUGGCACCAUCAGUGAGAUUUGGGACUACAGCACAGGGAGGGUUGGUGCUCCACUGGUUUGUUCUGAGAUCACACUGAAGGACUGGGAGGAGGGUGGUUACUACAGCACAGACAAGCCCAACCCACGGGGGGAAAUUUUGAUUGGCGGUCCCAAUGUAACGAUGGGUUACUACAAAAAUGAAACCAAGAACUGUGAUGACUUUUUCGUGGAUAGGAACGGCCAGCGAUGGUUCUGUACGGGAGACAUUGGAGAGUUCCACCCCGACGGAUGCCUCAAGAUCAUCGACCGUAAAAAGGACCUGGUGAAACUGCAGGCAGGCGAGUAUGUCUCUCUGGGAAAAGUGGAGGCUGUUCUGAAGAACUGCUCACUCAUAGACAACAUCUGUGCCUAUGCCAACAGUGACCAGUCGUAUGUGAUCAGCUUUGUGGUGCCUAACCACAAGCAGCUAAUGGCCAUGGCGGAGCAGAUGCAGGUGAGGGGCACAUUGGAGGAGAUCUGCAACAACUCGCAGAUGGAGAAGGAGGUCCUCCGCAUCAUUACUGAGGCUGCUAUCUCAGCAAAACUGGAGCGAUUUGAGAUCCCCAAGAAGAUCCGUCUGAGCGCUGAGCCGUGGACACCAGAGACUGGCUUGGUUACUGAUGCAUUCAAGCUGAAGCGCAAGGAGCUGAAAACACACUAUCAGGAAGACAUUGAGAGGAUGUACGGUGGAAAAUAACAGACAGACACACUCCAAACAACACAGAAACACAUACACAUAUAUACUUGCACACAUAUACAAGGAGCUCAGAAGCCACUACCUGGACUACUUUGAGAGGAGUUGUACUUUAGAUACAGGUAACACCCACACAUUAAUACAGACACAUAUAGCGUCUCAUGCGCCUCCUCCUCAGCUUCCCUGCGACCAGCUUCGAUCAAAGGAGGGGGGGGAAUUCAGCUUUACGCUCUCUGUCAAGACCAAAAGACAAGAGGUCCCCCUCACAGAUAACUGAACCACCCAGACGCGCACGGUGCAACGCACUUGCCGUCCCUCUUUUGAUGGAUCUAGCCCUUUGAGUUGCUAUGACAACCGAGGCGGCACAUGAAGCCGGAAUGUCUGCGUGACUCGAAGUGAAACAAAUGUCAGGCUAGAUGUCUCGGGAUCAAUGUCAGCGCGCCCUCUCUGCCGCUUCUCUUCCUCCUCCCUUGCUCUCUGGAGCCUUCCACCAGUUGGACGUGGACUGGUAGUGCAGAUACCUGGCAGGGAAAUGGGCUAGCCAUGAGCCUGAUAGAGGGAUCCCAGCCUGGGAUUUAAGUAACAUUGAUCUUGGAAUCUAUGCAGGGAUCUGAAUUAUCUUUUAAUGUUUUUUUUAAUUUAUGUUUUUCUUUGGUGUUUGGUUUCUCAGCUUUGAAAACCCAUUUUGAUGAGUAUUUCUGUGUGUGAGGAAUCAGUGUUGUAUAGCCACGAGAGAUUGAGCGUUAAGAUGUUUUUAAAAUAGCUUUUCUUACUGUACUUUUGUGGUUGCAUUAUUAAGUGGGAUUUGUAUUUCUUUAUCCUCUUAUUUUUUUAUUGCCAAUUUGUUUACGCUUAUUGUACUUUCAUGAGCUUUGUUUACAAGAUUGUUUUUUUUGUCCUUUUCUCCCUUUACUUGCCUGUGUCCCAAAGUUGGUACCUUUUUGAGUGUUUUUUACUGACUUGACUAGUGGAAGCGAUCCAGAUUCCAGUCCCUUCUGCUGUCAGCCUUUGCAGCAGGGUCCAAUAUCAAUUGUAGAAAGGCAUCUAAUGGGAAUUUUUUACCAUUCCUGCUCUUUGCCCCAAGCUUAAUUUUUCCCCCAUACCUUAGCAGCCCCUGGAUGCCUCCCAACCUGUGUCUUAUUGGUUAUUUUGGUGGUUCAUUGACAUACCGUAGCCCUGCCACAUCUGCCACGUAUUCCUCCAGUCAUGACCAAUGCACCAUAUGGAUGUCUCCAAGGGAACUUAACCUACCAUAGAAAAAUAGUUACAUUAGUUAGCCUUUCAUUGGUUUCAUGUUAUCCUUUUUGCCAUAGGUCUAGUUACUGUUACUUUGAACUUUUUUUACUUAUGAAUAUGAAAUACAAAAUGAAUGUGCAAUAUGUAUACACAAAUUUUAAACUCAAGUAUAAAGUAUGUAGGAAGGAAAAACGCACAGACAGUAGCCCCUCCGUAGUGUAUAUGAAUGUGUAAGCCUGUUACUUUCAACUUAAGCGCAUAUUGGAAGACUUGUGGGAAUGUAAGCAUUGGAAUUAAGAAGUGGAUUGUAGAGAGACACUGAUUUGAACAUACUGUGUUAAACAAUGUAACGUAAAACUGUAGAGUGAAAAUUUCAUUUGGCAUUGUGGAAAUUGCAUGGUGGAAAGUGCAACUGUACCAAAGCACUUGAAUAUAUAUUUGAGAGAGAAAGACAGAAUCAGACUCUAUUCAAACAACUGAAAAAUAUUCUUAUAAAUACACUCCUUAUUUAAUAGUGAGUAUAUAGCAUAAGCUCACUUGACCUCAUAGAGUGCAAAUUACAUUUCUGUAUCUUUAAAUUGGUUUAUGUGUAUGAUGCUGUAUGUGUAAUGUAUAUAAAAAGGGUCUACGGUUUUGUCAACCAUUUAUUUGAACUCGUGUAUAACAUAUUCAUUAAUUACUGUAGGUUUCCAGAUUGGUGGGGAUCUCUGAGUGGCAUCAGUACUAGGGACACCCUUGCUUCAGAUUUUCUUCUCUUUAUGAGCAAAAGAUUAAAUAGUGUUUGGUCAUUGGUCCUUUGUAAGGACGACCUCUGUGCCGCAGCCACCCUCUUGGAGUGCAAAUCCUGCUUUGCGUUCAUUGAAGGCAAUUAGCAUUAAUAACCGGUACAGUCAGAUACUCUAACUAAUUCUAUCAUCAUAUGUCUACUAGCUCAAUGUGGAAGGGUUAUUUUAGCAUGUAAAAAUUUGACCAUUCCAUCAUGAUGAGGUGGAAACCCACUCCCCCCCUCCCUGGUUUUUUAUAACACGUCUCUCUCCAGAAGUUUCUGUGGACAGUAGCUUACUGUGCUGUGCUGCUUCUCCUCUGCCUGGAUAGAGGCGACUAGUUGCCUUCUGACACAUGAGCUUUCUUCAGGGGUCUUAAGAAUGUGAAGCCCUCGUGUUUUUGUUGAUUGCAACACAUGCCGUGUCCUGCUACAUUCAUUUGUACAUCCCAAAUGUCAAGGCAAAGACAGUGGAGUGGCCUAACGGUGAAUUUCACCACUCCUGUUGUUUUCACUUGCAUUGUAAAUAGGUUGAGAGGGGAGGGGGUCGAUAAUCAAAGUACAUUCAAACUACCAAUAAUUGUACAGGUUAAAGUCUCCUGUUAACAUAUUUAAUAAUUCUGAAUGGGGUCUCAUUGUUUUGUGUGGUUAAGUGGCCCUGCAAGCUGGGCUAUUGCAAGUGUCUCCUUCCUUAUUUAUUUGUGAUUUGGCCUUGAAAAUGAUGUAAUGAAAUAAAAGGUGUGUUGUAAUUA